CUGUAAUAGAAACUUGCUCAGUUAGCAGUUCAAGGUCAUUGGGGUGGUCGCACUCCAUUGGCAGUCAGGGAGUUUCUAUUUUUCCGGGAAAGUAGAAGAGCCUAGGUGAAGGUGCGUUAGCAGAAUUAUAUGUUUAUGUGCCAUUAUGUGGAUACGUCUGUUGAUGGCUUAUUUUUCCAACCCGGCAUUGACAAGAAAGUUAGCGGAUAGCGCACCAAUUAGAUAUGCUGCUCGUGCCACAGUGCGUAUAUUUUUGGAAGGCAAACAGAGAGUGCUUACCGCUUCACAGAAGUACGGGGACAGUGAUUUAAUCGGCAAAAUAAAGGCAGCUUUUCGUGAAGGAAAGUCCAAAUUUCAGUAGGAGUUACCUCAGUAGUUCUGUUUUACUGUAAAAUGAACAGCAGUUCUCUAGUGAUUUUUCUGAUGAAAUAAAUGUCAUGAUGAGAAAAAGUUUGGUAAAAAUAAGUAAAACGGCUACGAUGUGUGAUUUUUGAAAAUGUGUAAACAGAUGGAAGUGUUUAGUCAGUGAAUGUAUCGAAAAAAUUGAAGCUGGUAGUAGUUCUGUUAUACAAACAUUUUUUUAAAUCAUUUGUAUCAUCUUAACUGUACCGAUAUGUUUGAUUUGGCUUACAACUAUAUUUAGAAAAAGAUUUAUUUAUAAAUGCAUGUUUUGGUUGAUUAGGGGAAAUUUCGGGUAAUUAUUGUAAUAAUUUUGUAGUUGAUUUGUCGUUCGAACUUCCAGUAACUCUAGUAUUGCUUAAAAACAUUUCGAAAGAUUAUUUUACCUGCGUAUGACACGAUUUCGAUAUUUCUAAGUACUUUGCAUCAACACAUCCAUGAUUCAACCAGUUGUAUUUUCUACUUGAGCAUGUUCAUCAUUGGGAUACGGCAAGCUAAUAGUUCUGGAUGAUUGCAAUUAUUACAUUUUUCAACAGAUGAGAGGUUUGUUUCUCAAAUCACGUUCAUAAAGUUAUUGUAGAGAUGUUUGAAAUGAUUUUUGAAUCGGAUUGUGGAGAUGUUCCAUUAUUUCUGUGUGGAACAGUUCUGGUCUGCAAAUUGUCGGUAAUAAUACAAAAUGAUUGUGUUUGUUGUAAUUAGGAGUUUCAUCCGGUAGGGUGACAAAAAAUAUGUGGCUUUUAAUAUUUCGCGUACUUACUGAUUAGUGGGAUGACCUGGUUGUAAGUCAUUUUCGUUUCGCCAAACCGGGAACAUAAGUUUUUUGAAGAUACUUCAAAAACCUUGUGUUAAUCUCUCUGUAUAAUGAAAUACUUUAGUUUCCCUUGAAAAGCAUUCUACUGCACCAUUUGUAGCUUAUUAUUAUACUUUCAAUGAAAUGUACUAGUUAUUAUAUAUAGGCGUAUUUAACGAUCAGAUGAGGAACUGUGCAGCUGAAAUGUAAACUUUCCAAUUACGAGUAGAGAUUAAAUAACCUAACUUUAGUGCAUCUCAGCUGCCUGAUUUGGGACCGAAAGAAUGUUCGAUUCAGAGACUCGAGACGUUAUCAGGUAUAGUGUCUUCUAAUUGCAUUUAAUAGGGUGAAUACUAAAUUAAGCAGUCAGCACAAAUAGAUGGUAAUUAGUGUGCAUUAACAGCACACCAAAGUGUCUGACUCAAUCAAAAGUUACAGCGUAAAUGAGGUCAAAGUAAAAAUAAGCAAGAAUUCGAUUGGAAACUAUGUGAAAUUGAGGAAGUAUAGGAUGUGUGCAUUUUAAACAAGUGUUUAGGUGUUCGUAUAUAGUUGCUUUGUUUCUGUUGUCAAGUCAUUCAUUCAUUCAUAAAUUUAAAGUAGGUUGAGACUGAAUAAACACUGUGUUUAUUGAGUUUCCAAAACAAAAGUGAACAUUCAUUCAGUGCUCAUAGUGAUUGUAAAAACACGAAGAGUUGCAAAUAUUACAAAGGUCACUUUCUAGAAAAACGUUCGUGUUGAGCGUAGAAAGUUGGGGAAAUGAGUUACAGUGCCUGUAAGGUUAAUUGAAGUUUUGUUCUCUGAGCUACAAAUUUUUAUCCAUUGCCAAUGCAAUUUAUAACUCAGUCUUUGAUUAUUUUCAAUCAGCUAUAAUUUUUAUGAGACAUGUGUACUUGGAUGUUGGUAUCACAGACAGAUGUUCACAGACUCCAAA